ACUUGUCUUCCUGACAGUAAUUCCAAACAAAGUAUUAAACCACACCUUCCCAAAUGAACUAACAACCAUUGAUGCCCAAGACCUCAAAACGACAACCUGAAACUGACCAUGGCACUAAACCUGUUUGAUCAAUUUAUGAGCCCCUCAUACCUAGGUAUCCCCCUAAUUGCAAUCGCACUCACACUUCCAUGAAUUCUUGUUCCUUCGCCCUCAAAACGAUGACAAGACAACCGCCUAGUUACACUACAAAAUUGAUUUAUUAAAACUUUUACACAACAACUACUCACGCCCCUAAAUCCCGGAGGACACAAAUGAGCCCUUAUUUUAACAUCCCUAAUAAUUUUCCUCUUAACCCUUAACAUCCUUGGGCUCCUUCCUUAUACCUUCACCCCAACAACUCAACUUUCCCUAAACAUAGGCCUAGCCGUACCAUUCUGACUUGCCACAGUAAUUAUUGGACUACGAAACCAGCCCACUGCAGCCCUAGGACACCUUCUACCAGAAGGAACCCCCAUCCUACUUAUCCCUAUCCUAAUUAUUAUCGAAACUAUCAGCUUAUUUAUUCGACCUUUGGCCUUAGGAGUACGACUAACAGCUAAUCUAACAGCUGGUCAUCUAUUGAUUCAACUUAUCUCCACAGCAACCUUUGUACUAUUACCAAUAACAGCAACAGCAGCCAUCUUUACCGCCACUCUUCUAGCCCUUCUUACCCUACUAGAGGUAGCAGUAGCUAUAAUUCAAGCUUAUGUAUUUGUUCUACUACUAAGCCUUUACUUACAAGAAAACGUCUAAUGGCCCACCAAGCACACGCAUAUCACAUGGUUGACCCAAGUCCAUGGCCUCUAACAGGCGCAGUAGCUGCUCUCCUAAUGACAUCAGGCCUUGCUAUCUGAUUUCACUUCCACUCAACCACAUUAAUAACACUAGGUUUAAUUCUGCUACUACUCACAAUGUAUCAAUGAUGACGGGAUAUUAUCCGAGAAGGAACCUUCCAAGGACAUCAUACACCUCCGGUCCAAAAAGGCCUACGAUACGGAAUAAUCUUAUUUAUCACAUCUGAAGUCUUCUUCUUUCUUGGAUUCUUCUGAGCUUUCUACCACGCCAGCCUUGCCCCAACCCCAGAACUCGGAGGAUGCUGACCUCCAACAGGUAUUGUUACCUUAGACCCUUUCGAAGUCCCUCUACUUAAUACUGCGGUCCUACUAGCAUCAGGCGUAACAGUAACCUGGGCCCACCACAGCCUUAUAGAAGGAGGACGAAAACAAGCCAUCCAAUCUCUUACCCUAACCAUUCUCCUGGGAUUCUACUUCACUGCCCUCCAAGCCAUAGAAUACUAUGAAGCCCCUUUUACAAUUGCAGACGGCGUUUAUGGCUCAACAUUCUUUGUAGCAACAGGUUUCCACGGACUACACGUUAUUAUUGGCUCUACCUUCCUUGCAGUAUGCCUACUCCGACAAAUCCUAUUCCAUUUUACAUCAGAACAUCACUUUGGAUUUGAAGCAGCUGCCUGAUACUGACACUUCGUAGACGUCGUGUGACUAUUCCUAUACGUCUCCAUCUACUGAUGAGGAUCUUA